UGUUCCUGCAGGUACAAGCGAGUGGUGACUCCUCGGCGAGCUGGGGCGGCAGUGGUGAUGUGCUGGAUGGUGGCUUUCAUCGUGGGACUCACGCCCAUGCUAGGCUGGAACAACCUGAAACGCCUUCAGGAGAACGGCUCCAUCAGCUCCAACCUCAGCGUCACCUGCCAGUUUGAGACGGUCAUCAGCAUGGACUACAUGGUCUACUUUAACUUCUUUGGCUGGGUGCUCCCCCCUCUGCUGCUCAUGCUGGCCAUUUAUGCCGAGAUCUUCUACAUGAUCCACAAGCAGCUUAACAACAAGAAAAACACCUCCAGCUACUCAGACCCCAACAAGUACUAUGAUAAAGAGUUAAAUCUUGCCAAAUCGCUGGUUCUGGUGCUUUUCCUCUUUGCCAUCAGCUGGCUCCCUCUUCAUAUCAUCAACUGCAUCACACUCUUCUGCCCGCAGUGCAAGAAACCCAUUGUUCUCCUCUACAUCGCCAUCCUGCUCUCGCAUGGCAACUCUGCCGUCAACCCCAUUGUCUACGCUUUCCGCAUUGAGAAGUUUCACACGGCCUUUCAGAAAAUCUGGCAGCAGUAUUUCUGCUGUAAGAACACGCUGACGCUGGACUUCCAGCAAAGCGAGAGGAAAGAGGCACCCAAUCUGGAGACGCAGCAGGCCGCCCCGUUGCAGCCCACUCAGCUGGAUGACUUUAAAUCCUAUCCACCACUUCAGCCAGAACAGCCUUCGCCAGAGGGCAACCAGAAGAUUAAAACACCUCAAAAACCUCACAACCAUCAUCCAGCGGUGGAGCAGAACGCUGUCUGAGUUAAAGGAUUCAAUCGGGUUGAAGGUGUAAUGAUGGGUGCACGAGCAGCAACUGUCUGCUCACUUGAAUGUAGUCGUGAUUUGCUGCACGGGGCUGCAGAGCCUUUGUGAUUCAGGCAACAUGGAUCAAUGGAAGAUAAUCCCUCUUCCCUCGGAAGGAGAGUUUAAAAGAUGCAGAGAGGUUUCAGCUGGAGGUCCAUUGGACGGUGUGUUUAUCUUAGUAACACACUGACCUUUAAUUAUUCAUUCAUCAAGGUGAAACAGUUGGUGUGAACUUUAGAAAAUGUGCAAUAUUUAAUUUAUUUUGUGUUUUUAUUUUCUCCCAGUAUCAAAUUCUCAUAUGUUGCAGCUUGCUUGAGCAUUUAAACCACCAACGGAGCAGGGUACUCAUACUUCUGUAAUGUUGUGUAUGUUUUAUCUGACACUGGCUAAAAAAUUAUAAUAAUAUGAAUGUAACCAUGUAAAUAUGAGACUGCAGCACUGCUGUGAACGCUCAUUUAAUCUUCAGGGCCUUAAUUGCACAACAUUGUGCAGAAGAAGCAGCCCUGAGAGACAAUAAGGGAGUUAAGGGCGUGCAGCAAAUGUUUUGUAGCCUCAUACGUCUCUGCACUGAAGCUCAGGCCCUUUUGUGAUCCUGCACCAGAUUUUUCCAUUGCAGAAAAGAGGGGUAGGGUUACGGAGAAGCACACGGAGGCAAUGGGGGGGAUUUUGAAAUAUUAAAGGCUACAUGCAGGACACACAAGAUGCACUUAAAGCUCAUCUUUGUCCAGCUUCCACUCUAGUUAGUGUGGAGAGUUUCAUUUCCUCAAAACAUUAUUUAAUUUUGAUUUUCCACCACAGACUGUUAUUUAACCAUUUACUUACUGAACUCCCCUGAUGACUGGGAAAUAACCUGAGGAGUGUGAGUAUUUACAGAAGGCUCAUUAUGUUGCCAGAGUGUGGUGUCUGUGUGUGGAUCAUUAAACCAAGUUCAAUGCCCCUCGCUCAGACAGAUUGUAUGAGAAUGUAAGGAUUUUUAUUUAUUUGUUUUGUAAAGACUCUGAACUCUUGCCAAGUCACUUUGCUGGCAAUCUCUGUCUUCAGGUGGAAACAUUUAUUUUACAACCGGCAGGUGAGGAUGCUUGACAAACAGCAAACUAAGAUUUAUUUUUGAAGCAAAUGUUAGAAUCCAAAACACAAUCCAAGUGUGUAAAGCUCAUUCAGAACAGAAAACAUGGUUUGGAAAAAGAUAUCUAAGCUGCUUCUCUUCAUUGAGAGAGGAAAUCAUAAUAAUGUUUUUUCGCAUUGGUGGAAGAAUGUUUGACCCUGCAGUGCAUUAGGCCCUCAGAUGGUUUGCAUCAUUAUUAAACACUUUACAGAAACGUUUACCGACAAGAGCUUUCUGCUUGAGGUGAAAGGCAGACCUUUGGUACAGAAAUCUUGUUGCAACAUUAAACAAAAGCACAAUUUUCACAAUAAUUAAGCAAAUCCUGUUUAUUAAAAUGCCUGAAACCCCGAUUUCUUUACCCGCUUAUCCAUGCUGGGUCACAGAUGCCUAUCUCCAGCAGUCU